UUUUUUUUCUUAUUAUUAUUCAUUCAUAUAAUUUACAGAAAUGGCAACAUCACAAUUACUACCUUUAGAAUUAAUUGAUAAAUGUAUUGGAUCCAGAAUUUGGGUUGUCAUGAAAAAUGAAAAAGAAUUUACAGGCAAAUUAUUAGGUUUCGACGAUUAUGUUAACAUGGUUUUGGAAGAUGUGACAGAAUAUGAAAAUACAAAGGAGGGUUAUAAAACACAAAAAUUAGAACAAAUCUUGUUAAAUGGAAACAAUAUUUGUGCUCUGAUACCUGGUGGUAGUGGACCUAUUUAAAUGUUACAUAAACAAUGCUUAUACAUAUACAACAUACAUAAAUAAAUUGAAAUCUUAAUGGAUAUGGCAUAAAAUCAAGCUUGAUCUUGUUUAUACUUUCUUUUAAAGUAUCUGAUGGAAUUGUAUGUAUGAAAUAACAAAAAGAAAAUGCAGUCAUAUAGGCAUCAAAAUGAGCAGAAUGGGCACCUUCUAUCGUAUUUCCUUGUUUGAGAUUAGAAGUAUAGACUUGAGGGUAUUCUGAAUUUCCCAUUUCCCAGUCUAAUACAUACUGAAUGUCAUGAAGUUUACUAUAUUUAUGAUGUUCUGAAUGACCUGUCUUUUCAAGCUCACACCACCCUUUUGC